UCGCGCUAGCCUUCUCAGGCCCAGCCUGCGCAUCUCUGCCCCUCCCAGCCCUCCGCCUUCCCAGGGAGGCUGGGAGCCAUCCUGGAGAGUUCAAGGGAGCGGUGGGCUGCAUGAUCCGCCCCUGGAGCGGGGUUCUGGCUCCCCUGAACCCUCCUCAGCCGGCGGAGACUGUAGACAAAAGGCCCAGUGCGCCGCGAUGGAGCCCUCCUGGCUGGAGACGCGCUGGGCGCGGUCCUUCUACCUGGCCUUCGUGUUCUGCCUGGCCCUGGGGCUGCUGCAGGCCAUCAAGCUCUACCUACGGAGGCAGCGGUUGCUGCGAGAUCUGCGGUCCUUCCCCGCGCCCCCCACGCACUGGUUCUACGGCCACCAGAAGUUACUUCAAGAUGGUAAAAUGGAGAAGCUGGAAGAGUUUGUUGAAACAUAUCCUUGUGCCUUUCCUUGCUGGGUUGGACCCUUUCAGGCAUAUUUCUAUAUCUAUGAUCCUGACUAUGCAAAGACAUUUCUGAGCAGAACAGACCCCAAGUCCAAGUCCUUGUAUAAGUUCCUGAUGCCAUGUCUUGGAAAAGGACUGUUGAACCUUGAUGGACCUAAGUGGUUCCAGCAUCGUUGUCUACUAACUCCUGGAUUUGAUUUGAACAUCUUGAAAUCUUAUGUUGAAGUGAUGGUCCAUUCAGUAAACACAAUGCUGGGUAAGUGGGAGGAAAUAUGUAGCAGUCAGGACACAACCGUGGAGGUCUUCGAACACAUCAGCCUGAUGACCCUGGACAUGCUCAUGCAAUGUGCUUUCAGCCAGGAAACCAACUGCCAGCUAAACAGCACCCAGGAUCCUUAUGUGAAAGCCACAUUUGAAGCCAGCAAAAUCAUCUUUUACCCCUUGUACAGCUUCUUACCUCACCCUGACAUAAUUUUCAAGUUCAGCCCUGAGGGCUACUGCUUACAGGAGAUAAGCACAGAGCUGCAUCAGUACACAGAAAAAGUAUUCCAGGAUAGAAAAAAAUCUCUUAAGGAUGAGAAGAAUCAGGAAAACACUCAGAAGAAGUGCCAGGAUUUCUUAGAUAUUCUCCUUUCCACUCAGGCUGAGAACAUCGAGUCCUUUCCAGAUACGGACCUGCUGGCUGAGGUGAACACAUUCCUGCUGGCAGGGCAUGACACCACAGCAGGGGGCAUCUCUUGGCUCCUUUACCACCUAGCUCUGAAUCCUGAGCAUCAGGAAAGAUGCCGAGAGGAGAUCAGGGGCAUCCUGGGGAACGGGUCUUCCAUCACCUGGGACCAGCUGGAUGAACUGUCGUACACCACAAUGUGUAUCAAGGAAAGUCUCCGAAUGGCCCCUCCAGUCCCAUCUGUUUCCAGAGAACUCAGCAAGCCCAUUACCUUCCCUGAUGGACGCUCCUUGCCUGCAGGAAUAACUGUGGUUCUCAGCAUUUGGGGUCUUCAUCAUAAUCCUGCCAUCUGGGAUGAUCCAAAGGUAUUUGACCCCUUGAGGUUCUCUCAGGAGAAUUCUGAUCAGAGACAUUCGCACUCCUUCUUACCUUUCUCAGGGGGACCCAGGAGCUGCAUCGGACAGCACUUGGCCAUGGUGAUACUGAAGGUGGCUGUUGCCUUGAUCCUGCUCCGCUUCAAAGUGACUCCAGACCACGAAAGACCUCUUGUCUUCUUGCCCCAGAUUAUCCUCAAGCCUCAAAAUGGGGUCCAUUUGUACUUGCAGAAACUUCCCAAAUGUUAGCACCCAGGAUACUGAAAUGCCUGACUUUUGUUUCUUUGUUUUAAAGUUAAGUUACAGCUAACGGUCCAAUGAAAUGGAGAGGUAUCAAAGUCUAGUGGGAUGAGCAGAGGGCUGGGGUCUAUCUCUAUGAAGCAAACACUAAACCCAGACAGAUUCAGGCUCACUUACUUCCUCUAAAACAUUAAGAGAUUUUCCAGAUCCUUUCUGAAAAGUUCUGGCUUUAAAGAUCCUGACUGCUAUUAUUUCUAUCAAGAAUUUUUCUAGGUGGCUCCCAUAUAUUAUUUUUCUGGUUAUGUUAAUAUUUUUUGGUGCUAGGGAGCCAGAGAGAGAGUAUAGAAAUAAAGGGCUUGCCUUGCAUGCAACUAACCUGGGUUUGA